AGACCAAAAAAGCAAAAACACCAAACAAACGCCAGUGUUUUUGUGGUUGGUUGUUUGGGAAGGAAGACCAGUAGUGUUAAAAGUUUAAAACGCUUAUCAGCUUAUAGUAUCGUGAUACGUACGUGGGUCCGUUUUCACAACCUCCCAUCUCUUCAACCUUAAUAUAUAACGUUUCUGUCUCUCUUUUGUUUCGCUGUUACACAGCAAAGUACCCAAUAACCCACCACACACAAAACAGAACCAUAACCAGAACGUGAAAUUCAUCCAUAUUCAUAACAAUUACAAAGCUAAACAACACACAUCACACAUAGUUUAAUUUUCUUUUUUCUUUCUCUUUUUUCCCCUGUAUUAUUAAGUGCAAAAUUAAGAGAAUUAGUUGUUGGGAAUAUGAGAAGGCCACAGCAUCAUCCACUAAGAUGUUGUAUGCAGAAAAACCGCACCGACAAAAACAUCCACCACCACCCCCCCAUGGGAGGGUUACCAGACGAUCUCGUCAUCUUCAUCCUUUCUAAACUUAGUUCCUCGGUUACUUCUCCUUUGGAUUUCAUCAACGUUCUCUUGACAUGCAAAAGAUUGAACCGGUUAGCUCUCGAUCGACUCGUGUUAUCGAAACUCGGCGCCAGGGCCUUCGCUGUGAAACCAAAAAACUGGUCAGAUUCCACUGACCGCUUCCUUCGCCGCUGCGUUACCGCCGGCAACGUCGAAGCCUGCUACACUCUCGGAAUGAUCCGCUUUUACUGCUUGCAAAAGCGGAAGAGCGGGCUCUCGCUGAUGGCGAAGGCGGCGAUGAAUUCUCAUGCGCCGGCGCUUUACUCGCUGGCGGUGAUACAGUUCAACGGCAGCGGCACCUCAAAGAAUGACAAGGAUCUCCGCGCCGGCGUGGCGCUAUGCACGCGUGCUUCGCUCCUCGGCCACAUCGACUCGCUCCGGGAGUUAGGCUACUGCCUCCAAGACGGUUACGGUGCGCGCAAGAACGUGGCCGAGGGGCGUCGGUUGCUGGUGGAAGCCCACGCGCGCGAGCUAGCGUUAGUCAUACGCGAGGUCACUCGGUCCACCACCCCCUCAAACUCCUCUAUGCUGACGUGGCUAACUCGACGGUUACGCAAUCUUGCGUGCCAUUCAGGGUCGUUUCUUCCGUUACUGGAGGGUUACGGUGGUUACAGCGUAGCUGUUCAACCGGUGAAUUGGUUUAUGAGGGAGUGGUUUGAGUCCGGUAGAGGGAGGUUGGGUGAGGGGCUGAGGUUGUGCGCGCACGUUGGCUGCGGGCGGCCGGAGACGCGGCCGCAUGAGUUCCGGCGCUGUUCGGUUUGCGGGAAGGUGAACUACUGCUCACGGGGGUGCCAGGCGCUUGAUUGGAAGCUGCGGCACAAGACGGAGUGCUCCGAGUUUUUACCGUGGGUGGUGGUGAUAGAGAACGACGGUGUUGGUGGUGUUGCUGCAGUUGUUGGCGGAGGUAACGGUGACGUAGUGGCCUAGUGGGUGUAGAACAUGUGCGUCGGAUGGGGGGAGGGGAGUGGAGAUUUAAUUUGGUGGAACUGAACAAGAACAUAAGAAAGGAAGAGAAACACAGUGGAGACUUAAUCGCUGCGUUAGAGACUCAGGUUCGAAGACAAAGAUUGAAAGUUUUAAUUUCUGGUAAAUCCAGACUAACAUAGAAUAGGAAAAAAUUAUCUAAAGACAGCUGAAGCCGGAGCCAUUUGUGAUUCUUGUUAAUUUUUUAUAUUAAGGAAAAAAUAUGUACACAACAUGACACCAUAAAGACUUGUUCUAAUAGAAACAUAUAUAUGGUGGGGAUAGAACUCAUUGAUUAUUUGGGUUGCUUACUCAUUCUUUGAAGUCAAUGACUAAUAAAGCCAUGUAAUUGGGUCUGAUAAAAAUUGAGUAACAGUGACCCACACUCAAAAACAUUUUUUUAAUUUGAUGCAAACAUAUUUACAUUCCACUCAAUAUCU